GCUGCGCUCAGUCAAAGAAAAAAAAUACACUGAGCACCGCGGCUGCCUCACCGACGCCAAGACGCACACACUGAUCCUCACGUUGCUUUUCCACAAUGGCAAACAUGGAGUUCGACUAUACUUUUGACAUGUUUGAGAACGGCACUGACAAUAUCUCUGAGGAGUCUGGAGACUUUGGCUUGGACUUCCAGGAGCCAUGUGGCAGUACUUUGAGCACCAACUUCAACAAGAUCUUCCUGCCGACGGUUUACGGAAUAAUAUUUGUCCUGGGAAUCAUUGGUAAUGGAUUAGUCGUUGUUGUGAUGGGCUACCAGAAAAAAGUCAAAACAAUGACAGACAAGUACCGGCUCCAUCUCUCUGUGGCCGAUCUCCUGUUUGUCCUCACACUGCCAUUCUGGGCGGUGGAUGCAGCUAAAACCUGGUACUUUGGAAGUUUCCUGUGCGUGUCAGUGCACAUGAUCUACACGGUCAACCUGUACAGCAGCGUGCUGAUCCUGGCCUUCAUCAGUCUAGACAGAUACCUGGCAGUUGUGCGGGCCACAAACAGCCAAGCCACAAGGAAGCUGCUUGCGAGCAGAGUGAUCUACGUGGGAGUGUGGUUACCUGCGGCCAUACUCACUGUGCCUGACAUGGUGUUUGCCCGAGUGCUUAACAUGGGUUCUUCAAAUUUUGACUUGACCAAUGAAAGCAUGGAGACUGCAGACUCCAGAACAAUCUGCCAGCGCAUCUACCCACAGAAAAACAACCUCACAUGGACUGCUUUUUUCCGCUUCCAGCACAUCCUAGUGGGCUUCAUACUUCCCGGGCUGGUCAUCCUUAUCUGCUACUGCAUCAUCAUUGCCAAGUUGGCACAAGGCGCGAAGGGCCAGGCUCUGAAGAAGAAAGCGCUCAAGACCACAGUCAUUCUAAUCCUGUGUUUUUUCUCUUGCUGGCUGCCCUAUUGUGUUGGCAUCUUUUUGGACACUCUCAUGAUGUUGAACGUGGUCCCUACUUCGUGUGAGCUGCAACAAGCUGUGGAGACGUGGAUUUCUAUCACAGAGGCACUGGCAUAUUUUCACUGCUGCCUUAACCCCAUCCUGUACGCUUUCCUGGGUGUUAAGUUCAAGAAGACAGCCAGAACCGCGCUGACCGUCAGCAGCAGGUCAAGUCAGAAAGUGACUCUUAUGACUAAAAAGAGAGGGCCAAUUUCAUCCGUGUCAACUGAGUCUGAGUCUUCAAGCGUUUUGUCAAGUUAACAAACUGUCAUCAUCUGCAACUUGACUCUCAGGAGAAAAACAAAACUAAGCUUACAUUUCGAAGAACUUACUACAUUUUGUACACAUGUAAAAAUAGAUUUUUAUACAUUUUUAUGUUGCUGGCUUUGUGUACUGCAAUUGUGUGUGUUGUGAGGGUUUUAACUGCAAUAUUGUGUUCCUCAGAACAGAUUGUAUGUUAAGACAAUACCUCAAUUCCUCUCUUUCAGCUUUAUGAUCAAGGUUUUCCUCUCUAUAACCAGUGUUACUGUACCAAAGCUCAGGCAUACAAUGCCCUUUCCGUUUUUUCAGGGAUGGUAGCUGCUUUUAGAAACGUGUACAUAGUUUGUAGCAUUUGUGUGUUCGCACUUAAAUUGUGUGAUUAUCUUAAAGCUAUUAUUUAUUGCUGUCAUUCACACUGGACGUUUUGUAAAAUAAAGAAACUGCAUGCUGUUUUUA